AUGGAGUUCCUUUUCUCAUUUCUAGUGGGUAUUUCUGUCCUUUCUAGCUUCAUUUUUGUUUUCCUUAGGAACUCUCGAUGCCGGAGGUUAAGGCUGCCUCCGGGAAAUCUCGGGUUGCCACUUAUAGGGGAGACUCUGCAGCUGAUCUCAGCCUACAAGACUGAGAAUCCCGAGCCGUUCAUCGACGAGAGGGUGAACCGGUUCGGGCCCAUAUUCACCACCCACGUGUUCGGCGAGCCGACGGUGUUCUCGUCCGACCCAGAGACGAACCGGUUCAUCUUGCAGAACGAAGGGAAGCUGUUCGAGUGUAGCUACCCGAGCUCCAUAUCCAACCUUUUGGGGAAGCACUCGUUGCUGCUCAUGAAGGGCAGCCUCCAUAAGCGAAUGCACUCUCUCACUAUGAGCUUCGCCAACUCUUCGAUUAUAAGAGACCAUCUGUUGGACGAUAUAGACCGGUUGAUCCGGCUCAAUAUGGAUUCCUGGACCGACCGGGUCUUUCUCAUGGAGGAGGCCAAGAAGAUAACUUUUGAGCUAGCAGUGAAGCAGCUAAUGAGCUUUGAUCCAGGUGAAUGGACCGAGGGUUUAAGGAAAGAGUACGUCCUACUAAUUGAAGGCUUCUUCAGCGUUCCUUUGCCUCUCUUUUCCACCACCUACCGCAGGGCCAUUAAAGCUAGGACGAAGGUGGCAGAGGCGUUGAGGUUGAUAGUGAGGCAGAGGAGGGAAGAGAGUGAGGCAGGGGAGAGAAAAGAGGACAUGUUGGGUGCUCUUUUGGGUGGAGACAACGCAUUCUCCGACGAGGAGAUUGUGGAUUUCUUGCUUGCUUUGCUGGUCGCCGGCUACGAAACCACCUCAACAAUCAUGACACUUGCCGUCAAGUUCUUAACUGAGACACCUCUGGCCCAGGCUCAACUCAAGGAGGAGCAUGACCAAAUUAGGGCAAAAAAGAAGUCGUCAGAGACUCUGGAGUGGAGUGAUUAUAAGUCAAUGCCAUUCACUCAAUGCGUUGUCAACGAGACAUUGCGAGUUGCAAAUAUAAUUAGCGGGGUGUUUAGGCGGGCAAUGACAGACGUCCACAUCAAAGGCUAUACAAUUCCAAAAGGGUGGAAGGUUUUUGCAUCAUUUCGUGCUGUACAUCUAGACCAAGAUCAUUUCAAGGACGCUCGCACUUUUAAUCCGUGGAGGUGGCAGAACAAUUCAGGAGCAAGCACAAGCCCAGCAAAUGUGUUCACACCGUUUGGAGGAGGGCCUAGGCUUUGCCCUGGUUAUGAGCUUGCUAGAGUAGAACUCUCAGUUUUCCUUCACCACUUAAUCACCCGUUUCAGUUGGGUUCCUGCCGAGGACGAUAAGUUGGUGUUCUUUCCAACCACAAGGACGCAGAAGAGGUACCCUAUCAAUGUGCAGCGCAGGAAUUAUGGGUUUGGGCCACCAUGUAAACAGUAA